AUGGCUUCUCUCAGAGUUAAGGGAACGCAGCUCUUCAAUUGCAACAAUGCCCAAGUUGUCCUUCGAGGAGCUGGCUUAGGCGGAUGGAUGUGUAUGGAGAAUUUUAUCUCAGGUUAUCCUGGAUGCGAAUUCCAAAUCCGAGAUGCUUUGAAUGAUGUUCUUGGGGAAAGCAAGGCGAACUUUUUCUUUGACAAAUUUUUGGAACACUUUUUCACGGAUGCAGAUACGACAUUCUUCCGCUCACUGGGUUUGAAUUGCAUCCGAAUCGCCGUCAAUUACAGACAUUUUGAAGAUGACCUCAAUCCUCGUGUCCUCAAACGGGAGGGAUUUCAACACCUCGAUCGUGUCAUAUCCUUAUGCGCGAGUCACUCUAUCUAUACGAUCAUUGAUAUGCAUACAGCUCCUGGCGCACAGAGCGGUGGAUGGCAUGCAGACGGGGGAACGCACAUCGCCAAUUUCUGGAAGCACAGAGACUUCCAGGAUCGAUUCGUCUGGUUAUGGACAGAAAUCGCAUCCCACUACAAAGACAAUGAAUGGAUCGCAGGGUAUAAUCUUAUGAACGAGCCUGCCGAUCCCCAUCCGACAAUUGCUCCUUUGGUGGAGGUCUACGAUCGGUUGUGCAGCGCGAUCCAAUCUGUUGACCCGAACCACAUCAUCUUCUUGGAUGGUAACACGUUCGCCUCGGACUUUACAAAAUUUCCCGAAAACGUCAAGCAGCGAUGGGGGGAGAAUGUGGCGUAUGCUAUCCAUGAUUAUUCGUUAUAUGGGUUUCCAAAGAGCAAAGAGGUCUAUUUGGGGAGCGACGACCAAAAGGCCAAGCUACAAGCGGUGUACAAAAGGAAGCGACACUGGAUGGAUGAGCGCGGACUGUGUGUGUGGAACGGCGAAUGGGGCCCGGUGUACGCGAGAAGGGAGUACGACGGCGAUGCAACAGACGAAAUAAACAAGGCAAGGUACAUGGUUUUGCGGGACCAGCUAGAGUUGUACAACAAGGAUAUGCUGAGCUGGUCAAUAUGGCUGUACAAAGACAUCGGAUUUCAAGGUAUGGUGUAUGUAAGCCCGGAUACAUCGUAUAUGGAGCGGCUGCGACCAUUUUUACUCAAGAAGCAUCGCUUAGCGGCUGAUGCUUGGGGCACGGAGGAUUCUGAGGUCAAGCACUUCUAUGAUCCCAUCGUGAACCUCAUUGUGGAUGCAGUUCCGGACGAGACGAGGAGGAAGCUAUACCCCCCUCUCUGGACAUUAGAGGAUAGGGUUACGCGCAUAGCACGUACUAUGUUGGUUGCUGAGUUCCUGAUAGGAGAAUGGGCUGAAAUUUUUCGUGGGUUGGACGAAGAAGACUUGGACCGGCUUGCCAGGAGCUUCCGGUUCGAGAACUGUUUGAAGAGGGAGGGAUUAAAUGAUGUGCUGAGGGAGAACGCCAAAGCGAGCAAAGCUGUUAUAUGA